AUGAACCCGUUUGCUUCGCCAGAAUUUCAGGAGUGGGCAAGCACCUCUUCGCGCCGUCAAAGCACGGUCUCAACAUCCACCGUGUCGUCCGCCUCCACCAGUAUCCUCUUCCAGAGCCCUGUGACCUCCCCCGGCUCAAGGAAACAGUCAUGGCAACUGUAUGAAGAUGUGAUACGACUUGAGCUGAAUCCACAUAUGACAAUAUCAUUUGUCAAGAAUGGCCAAUUGUUCAAGCUACGCUAUACCUUCAUCGAUGUCUGUAAAGACUCGACAGGAGCUCUAAAGUGUCUUGAGCUCGGGGGAGGUCUCGGUCAACAAGCUCCAUUUAUUCACGCGUUCUCCAACACAAAAUUACCAGUUCCCCAUCUCGAGCAUCCGAAAGACACCGCAGAAUACCCUCUUCGAAUUUCAUUCCUCGAACACCAGACCGUGCAGACCGCACAGGUUAUCUUUAUGACUCAACUAUCAUAUAAAUUCGAAAAUUGGGAAGACUGCGUUCAAUUUCAAGAGCUGCUUCUUUGCUCCAAGAUGAUGUUUAUUGGGGGGAUGGCCGAGGCCAAAUCCAAGGGCCGCGGGGAAGAAUGCAUCAGCCAAAAUCUCCGGAUCCUCCGCGGCCACAACGGCAAACGGGUUAUGCUAUUCUUUGCAAACUCUCAGCGCAAAGAACUUAAACGAUACGUGUCCAUUCCAUUGAACUGCGUCGCAAAUGUCAAACCCCCGAAAAAGGCCGGGCGGCCAGUGAUAAUCGAGUUGGACCCCAAUUUCGAUAUUUUGAUGAAAAUGCGAAAUUUAACGAUCCAGUUCCUGGAUGAUGAUGAUUGCAAGAGCUUUUGCCAGCUGCUCUCCACGGAGCUAACGAUUGGAUGA